CUCAAAACUCGUCCGUCUACGACCCUCAAGGCGCAGCGAUAUUCCAGCUGUCAUCGGACGCCGAUCAAGCAUUCUCCCUUGAGGUUAUUUUAUCACUCUCCAACAACCAUGGUGCAAAUACAGGGGAAGUGCUUCGCAUAGCAACCCAGAUCAGCCCUAGCAACAGUGAAGAAGCCACGUACCAAGCCUACUAUCCCAUGGCGCAGGCGGUCGACUCCCUAGCUCAAAGUAUCGAUCCUCGAAUCGACCCAGUCGGGGCGCGAGAGAACUACUUCCACGCGUCAACGUACUACCGUGCGGCCUCAAAUUACCUCGUCAAGGAUCCUAGCGAUCCCCGUCUCAUAAGCCUUUGGGACCAGCAAAUCUCCGCUUUCGAUAAGGCAAUCGCUCUUCUCAAGCCUGUUCCAGGGGAGAAGUUCACGGUCCAUGCAGCCAACUCCAGCAUUGGUCCGUACGACAUCCCGGCGUACUUCUUCAAAGCGCACGCCGACCACCACAAGAAAUUCCCAACAGUGAUGGUGACGACCGGCUAUGACGGCUCCAUGCAGGAAUCAUACCACAGUCAGUGUGUCCAGAUUCUUUCGCGUGGACUAAACUGCGUUGUGUACGAAGGCCCCGGUCAACCAAGUCUUCUUCGGUACCAGAACAAGACUUUUAUACCUGACUGGUGGACUGCGACCACACCUGUCGUCGACUACAUUCACAAUCGCACAGACGUAGACGCGAGCAAGAUCGUGCUCAUGGGCAUCUCCUAUGGCGGAACGCUUGCUCCGCGCGCGGCGUCACAAGAGCCGCGCAUUGCUGCAGUCAUACAGCUUGACGGCUUAUCGUCAAUGCAGCACGAUCUGAGAGAGCAGUUCCCCGCUGAACUGACUGAGUUAUUCGACAAUGGAAACCAGGUCGAAUUUGACGAGAUCCUGACUGCUCUUGCCAACAACGAAUCUCAGCCUAUCUAUAACCGCUACUUUGUACAACAGGGUUUAUACGCGUUCGGGACGAAAUCGCCAUACGAAUGGUUUACGCGUCUUGGUCCUAUCGCAGUCACGAACGAAACCGUACAAGGUGUUGGAAUGCGACCGGUGUAUAUCGCUAAGGGCGAGGUGAGUACCAACCACUUUUCAUCAUUUCGGUUGUUUUCAACUCACGAUCUGACACCAUGA